CGGUGAACCCGUGCAACAGGACCUGUUACUUCAUCGCGAACCUCCUGGUCUCGCGUCGCUCAUCCUUCCACGAAUCCAAGAACACAACUGGCCACAUGGCGACCACUUCGGAAACGUCACUGACGAUUUACGUACGUACUUGGUCCUUCAUCAUACUCUUCAGCUUUGCGGGAUGCGCGGCUGGUUCUUGCUUGAGCUAUGGCCACUCUUGUUGGGGAGGUCAUGGUAAACGGAGCGGAGGACAUAAUAACAACAACAACGCGUAUUUCGUUACAUCGAAAACGAUGAACGACGUACAACAGGAUGUACCUUCGUUUCCGAAAGAACAAUGGGUAUUAUCUCGUCUGAUUGCUCGACCUUUGAUGUCUACUAAAUACAGAGGAAGAUGGGACAGACCUUUCAAAAUAAAAACGCAUCUUCCGCAGCAUUGGGAAAACAGUGAACUAAACGCACACAUGAUCAAUGACGAUCCAAUUAGAGAACAAAAUAGUCACGAGGAUAUAGAUGAAAUUAAAAAGAGAAAUAUUAACGAUAUACAGGGCAUUGUAGGAACUAUCAACGACGAGCGGAAAGAAGUACCAGAACUAUUAUUGAUAUCGAAUAAUGGCGAUAACGAGCAAGGCAGCAAACCGCGCAACGUCGAGCUGUUCAAAUUUCUGAGUGACGCCAACGAUAACUUCGAAUAA